AUGUCGAGCGACAGUAAAUACAAGUAUCGCAUUGAGAUACAACAGAUGAUGUUUGUUUCAGGUGAAUCAAACGAUCCUCCAGUGGAAACAACCUCAUUGAUUGAGGAUAUCGUUCGAGGACAAGUUAUUGAAAUACUCGUACAAACUACGAAGACAGCCAACAGUCGAGGAUCAAAGAGUAUAGCACCAGAGGAUGUUAUUUUUCUCAUACGUCACGAUAAGGCUAAAGUCAAUCGAUUGCGUACCUAUCUAUCGUGGAAGGAUGUUCGAAAGAAUGCAAAAGACCAAGAAGGUGGAGGCACCGAAUCUUUAUUAGAAGGUGGUGCUGAAGGGGUUGCUGGUGGUCCUGGUGAUGGGAAACUGCAACAGAGCUCAAAUGAUUCCAAGAUGCUAUCGCGAUAUAAAAAAUCAAAAAUUCGACUUCCUUGGGAGCUACAAUUCAUGUUCAGUGAACAACACUUGGAAACCAACGACGACAACGAACAUAUCGACGAGGAGGAAAAAGCAGCUACAAUUGCGUCACUCAAGAGAUUGAAAAUGGCCGACGACCGAACCAAGAACAUGACAAGAGAGGAGUAUGUUCAUUGGUCAGAAUGUAGACAGGCUUCUUUCACGUUUCGAAAAGCGAAGCGGUUUAGAGAAUGGGCAAACAUGACACAAUUGUGUGACUCGAGACCCAAUGACGAUGUGAUUGACAUAUUGGGGUUUUUGACGUUUGAAAUUGUUUGCUCACUCACUGAAGAAGCCAUGAAUAUAAAAAACGCCGAGGAUAGGUUGACCCAACUACAGAAGGAGAAAAAUAUGGAACGGGAGAAGCAACCAAAAAAGAGGAAAUACUUGUUUGAUAGACCAGACGAAUUGGCCAGUCCAAUAAUGCCGUAUCAUAUAGAGGAGGCAUGGAGAAGAUUGCAAAAGACUGAUUUCAAACAUAAAGCAGGGAGAUCUUUCGGGGGUGGAAUGGUUAAAACGCGUACUAGACUUAUAUAA